AUGCCUAUGAUCUCAAGCUCGACGGCGCUGAUGGCCGCAUUGAAGAACCACCAGGUCAUUCCUGAGGUUCUGGACGCAUUCCGCCAGAAAGUGAUGUUGACGGUGAGUUUCCCGAGUGGCGUGGAAGCAACCAUGGGCAACACAUUGAAGGUUGCCGACACCCAGGACCUGCCCAAGCUCAAUCUGGUGUUUGCAGAGACCCCUGCCAAAGCCUACACCAUUGCGUUCACGGAUCCCGACGCACCCAGGCGCGGCGACAACAAGUGGAGCGAGUUUGCUCACAUGCUGGUGACCGACAUCAAGCCCACUGUUGGCGAGGGCGGCGAGUCAUUCGAGGUCGACGUGUCCAAGGGCACCGUGCAUAUCCCCUACAUGGGCCCCGGCCCGCCCGAGAAGACCGGUCUGCACCGCUACGUGUUUGCCGUGUUUGAGCAGGAGGACGCCGUGUCAAUUGACUCCAGCGUCAAGGACAACCGGCCCAAUUGGGGCACCGGCAAGCCCGGAUACGGUUUGCGGGACUGGGUCAAGACCCAGAAGGGUCUGACGCUCGUAGGCGCCAACUACUUUUUGGCCAGGAACGAGGUGCAGUAG